UGUUAACGCACACAGUGAACAUGCGCAAUACGUCUCCAACACAUUCUAGCGAGACUUAUCGAAUGCACCACAACCGACCCACACCGCACUAUUCCUCCCCCACACCCCGAGGCCCUGUUACCUUGGAUGCAUCCGAUUAAGCGAAAUAGCACGACAGUGAUUGGCUGCAUCUCGCUACCGUUCUACCGGCUGGCUCGGUACCGAGUUCCCGUACCCCAUAUCCCUUUGCCAAAACCCCCGUCACCCUGCGGAGUCCCGUGGGGAAACACAGUGACGAUUGGAAGACGUCAUAAUUGGCAGUUUUUCGCCAUUCGCAACCCAUUUUGGGUCAUCCCGCCGGAAACACGUGUGCGCGAGGUCGCGAAUGUGACAGGCAGCCCGCCAGGGUCCGCACGCAGCUGACGUCGCAGAAUGCAGUUCGCUUACAUUCUGCGAUUUCAGAGCAUGAAACACAUCGAGUACGGCCAGCAGCAAGCCCUCCGUCCUUCUCCACACCCCUCCACACUCUUUAGACUUUGUUAACUUUGGCCUCCUUUCUUUCCCUCGCGCACUAUAAUUUCGAACCCCGCUUAUUCUCACGUCACACGUCACGGUUAGGUUACCUGAUACCCUAGGUUACGCACAUGACAUCAAAGUGAUGAUUGCAUGCGCGUAGCCGAGAUCUGACUAUUGCAGCCUACGUCAUCUCUGAGUUUUUGAGCCUCACCAUUCCAGCCCAGUGCUUAUCAACCCCGGCCGACUCUUCGCGUCCUACCCUCCGCCAAACUCUCGUCAAUUCCCUGCCCGGUACCAAUCCGUUUUUCAUCACAAAAAACGCCGGUUUUCUCCCUCAAAUUGCAGGUGAAUGCCUUAGUAAUUGCUUUGACUUUGUUUUUAUCGGAUUGCUUUCCUUUUUCUCUCGUUAGCACGCCGAAAAAGCACUGUUCGUUGAGAAAACCCUCAUACUGGAAACAGAAAAUCGGUCGAAAAUCUUCAAUAUAAGGUGUAUAUUAUUUUUAAAUAUAUACACUCCGCCGAUCAGUUUCGGCAAAGCGAAUUUCCACGUUUUUUUUUCUUCGAACGCUAAAAUUAACCUACGUUCGCACACCUUUUGGACACUAUUAUAGACUGGGUCGCCGAUUCCUUGGUUUUCAUAUCUGGCGCGAAAAGACCCUUUUUCCUUUGUGUAAGUUUGAUUUGGUUUGGUUCAUCACAAGUCAAUAUUUGUUUUGAAACUGUUGGCGUUGAUGCUUCAAUUUGCUUGUGCAAUUUUCUUUCUCUAAACUUUUUUCCCCUUCUGCGUGUAAGCCAACCUAAAUUUGACAUUGCGAACAGGCUUACAGACGCUAACAACCGAUUAGAAGCACACGAAUUGAGGAGAUCUUUUCUUUUCGUGCACUCCUAAUUUUUAUUAUUACUACUACUGCUACUAUUAUUCAUUAGAGUUCAACUGCUUCUUGCUUGCCCCUACAAACACACACUCACGCAUUGAAAUAACCUGUUAAUUUUUGCGUCGUUUUUUCACCCUUUUCCUCGUUGUUUAGUAUUUCCCCACCGUUUUUUUUAUGGAACAGCGUUUUUUUCGAGACGUAAUGGAUACUACUGUUUACGGAGAGGCGAUUCCUUUCGGAAAACUGCCUGGUAGCAGGUUGGAGGGUGCUUGGCAUCCGUUUCAGGCUCCAGGUUCGGUCUCGUUGUUGCAACAGACAGAUAUGGAUGUGUCUGCAAUGAAAAACAACAAGCCCAACAGGGCUAUGGCCGUUCCACAGGCUUCACCAAGGCACGUCUACCAGACUAUCCCGCCUACGGUGACAGUUUCUUCUUCGGCUUCUUCUUCCUCUUCAUCAUUUGGCGUUUCACCCACGAAAACAAAAGCCGUUCAUCAUGAGGAUGCCGUAGGCGUUCGCAUAGUCGACUCCUCAAAAGACGAUGAGGCUGAAAUGGCACUGCAUCACGCUGCGCUUCAGGAUUUGCUCGAGUCCGCACCUGCAUCUGACAAUGAAGAUGGAGAUGGUGCGCGUACACGAUCUCAUCAGGCUCAUGGAAAGCGGCCUUCAUUGACUUCGCAUCUUUCUCCCGUGAUUGAUGUUUUAUCCACACAAAUGGACGAGAUGUAUCCUGGCAUGUCCGGUCACCACCCUUUGAGUGCCGAGUUUGCGGCUCGCAGACCGAGUCUUGAUACAGAUCAUCAUGGACGUCCGCGUUUGUCGUUGUCAGCUUCGAAUGAGGGCAACAAUGCGAAUGACACUCUUCCCAGCUUUCCUUUCAAACCCUCCUUGCCUCGUCCAUUUCAACUGAACCUUUCUCCGCGUGCUCCCACAAUUUCGUUGAAUGGAAACCGAGUUGGUGGCGGUUUUGGUCCGCAGUUGAGCUUUCUUUCUCAGAGCUCUAUUUGGAGCAACGCUCCUGUGUUCUCCCCACCGACGCAGCAACAUGCUACUUUGUCUUCAGAUGCACCAGAACGUACGUCUCCGGCGAUGAAUACACGUGUCGAGUUGGAGCUCCCUGCCCCUAGCAUUCCGGCUACGUCGUCUUCACCAUGGUUGUCUCCCCCGAAGACGUUCCAGAGUCCUGGAUCCUUGCUCAAUAGACAUGCGCAACUUUCCUCUCCGCUUAGUCUCGAGUCUCGUUUUGCGAGCCUUUCCUUGAAACGACGUAGCAAGAGCGCAAACAUGGAAAGCGGCCCUUCGCAUUCGGUUGCAUCCGAGUUGCGCCAAUUUCUGCCUCAUGGCAUUGAUGCAUUGGAUGAAGUCGCUGUCGAGGAUGAGCGUGAAGAUGAUAAUCCCGUGGAUUGGCAGCCAACUCAUCGUCGUGCCUUUACGAACAACGAUGUUUUCUCAGGCCACAAUGGACUCAACCGCAAUAGCAAUCUUAACGAUAAUUCACGUUUCUUGAAACCUCGGGCAAGCCCUACUGUUCCACGCGUGAUGCCGUUGUCUCCCUUGUUACAGUCCCAGCAUGCCGUUCUGAGCGGAAUGCCUUACGGAGUACCACCGGCGGUUUCCUCCUCUACAAAUGCCCAUGUGGACGUCUCGUAUGACGCAAAUGAUUUGUUUAUUGUCCAAUUUAAAGGGGAGCGCCGUGACUUAUUCUAUGUGGCGGAGACGGAUGCUUUGCAAGUGAACAUGGACGAUUUAGUUAUUGUGGAAGCUGAUCGUGGACACGACCUUGGUCGAGUUGUUGCGAAGAUGUUUCGGGCACAGCAGCGGCUAUGCAUCCGCGAAAGCUGGCGAAGCUCCUAUCCAGCGGGACUUGGAUUAGGCAACUUAAUGUCGUCUGCCAACUUGCACCCAAAACGCAUAUUCCGCAUUGCUCAGCCUUCUGAAAUUGAUUUGCUUGUAUCUAAGGCUCAUGAUGAAGCUGAAGCGCUGCUGGUAUGCCAGACUAAAGUCCGUCAACGCAAUUUGCCAAUAUAUGUUAUUGAUGGUGAGUAUCAAUGGGACCGAAAGAAACUCACAUUUUACUACCAAUCCAAACAGCGUAUUGACUUUCGCGAGUUGGUCCGUGAUUUGUUCAAGGUUUAUAAGACUCGAAUUUGGAUGUGCGCUAUCAAUAGUGCAGCGUGGUCUACAAGCAAUCAAACGGCAAGUGUUGCGAAUUCCACCGCCAAUACUAGUCGUCGUCGUUUUAGUCAAGACGAUGCCGCGGCGGAUGGUCUUGGUCGUAUGUCAUACAGUCCGAGUGCGGCUUCAGCUGCUUUCCCGUCCGUAAAAUUGGGCGCAAACUCACAGGCUUCAAGAUGA